AUGCGAGCGUACAAUUUUUUGAGAACCAAAAUGUAAUUGUACAAUUUUUUGAGAACCAAAAUGUAAUUGUACAGAGAGUUAGUGGCUGGUGUGCAAUUUUGGAUGAAUCGAUUCAGCUCCGUGUCGAAACGUACAAUUUUCUGAGAACCAAAAUGUAAUUAUACAGAGAGUUGGUGUGGCUAAUGUGCAAUUUUGGAUGAAUCGACUCAGCUCCGUGUCGAAACGCUUUGCAUUCUCGUACACAGAGUUGGUGUGUCUAUUUCCCACUCCAUCAGAUCCGCCGGGAACCGCCGACGCCGAGUCAGUCUCAAAUUUCCCAGAAUAAUCACGUAAGCCGAGCGCUAAGCACUUCAUACUUCACCUGUUCCUAGCAGAACUGAGCUGAGCUGACAACCACCACCUACCAUCAACGACAGAUGACUAAACUCAGAAUUUGAAAGCCUCAGUGAAGUCUCCGUUUUGAGAAAAAAAUUCAAUUGGUUUUUGCAUUGAACCUCGAAGCCUACUUGGAGAAGCUCAAUCUGAUUUUUUGUUGGAACAAAUGGGGCUUCUCAGCAUUAUUCGAAAAAUUAAAAGGAAGGAAAAAGAAAUACGUAUACUCAUGGUUGGGCUUGACAAUUCCGGAAAGACAACCAUUGUGCUGAGAAUUAAUGGAGAGGACACCAGCGUUGUCAGUCCCACACUCGGCUUCAACAUCAAGACCAUCAUUUACCAAAAGUAUACCCUCAACAUAUGGGAUGUCGGGGGCCAGAAAACAAUAAGAUCGUACUGGAGAAACUAUUUCGAGCAAACUGAUGGUCUGGUAUGGGUGGUUGACAGUUCAGAUCUUAGAAGGUUAGAAGACUGCAAAGCGGAACUCGACAAUCUUUUGAAAGAGGAGAGGCUUUCGGGAUCAUCCUUGUUGAUACUAGCAAAUAAGCAGGACAUAAAAGGUGCCCUUACUCCGGAAGAAAUUGCUAAGGUUUUGAACUUGGAGGCAAUGGAUAAAACUCGGCACUGGCAAAUUGUCGGCUGCAGUGCAUUCACCGGCGAGGGACUGCUUGAGGGAUUCGAUUGGUUGGUCCAAGACAUUGCCUCUCGGAUCUAUGUUCUUGAUUAGUGCCAAUUUUAAGUCACUGGAAGGUAAUGCAGGUCACUUCAAUUUGUAUUAGCAACGGAAGUACCCAAACAGAAUCUUGAAGUGCUUCAAAAAAGAAGUGAUCGGAAAGCAACAGCAGGAGCGCACUGUAAUGAAUGUCGUGAGACAAGCUAUGUUUACAUUUUAUUAUGUUGUCGAACUUUUGUGUGUAGUAAUGAAUAGAAAUGGUGUGUUGGCCUGUUUGGAAUUGUUUCUAAGAGUGUUUACGAGUACAAGUGUUUCCUAUAAAAGUAGUCAAUGAGACGAUGUGUCUUUAGUCAAUCAGACGAUGUUGUGUAGUAGUUUAAACGAGUGAUUAGUGACGUAUUUACUUAUUAA